AUGACAGCUGGUGUGAGACGACUUCUAGGCUUUGUCAUGGCCAGUGUCAGCUUUUUGGGGAGCAUCAUCAUCUGGGCUCUUCCACAAUGGAGAGUCACAAAAAUCCAGGGUUCAAGAAGUGAUGAUUUUGAUGUGUUAUGUGAGGGUUUGUGGAAGUUUUGUGUGACCAGAACAUAUGACUCAGUGACUGAGUGCAGGACAUAUGACAAUGAACGUGGAUCAAUAACUCAAGACCUGGAGGUUGCCAGAGCGCUCAUCAUCACUGGCAUCAUAUUUGGGUUCAUUGGGAUCCUGCUUGGUGUUGCUGGGAGCAAGUUCUUCAGCUUUGUGCCUGAUGACAUGAAAAAGAGUAAAAUGGUCAUGGCUUCUGGAGUUGUUUUCCUCAUUGCUGGGCUCUUUGUACUAAUACCAGUCCGCUGGACCACCAACACCAUUAAUGGUAAUUUCGACAGUGAGCUGUCUCCUAGCUCUCCUGACUCUCCUGACUCUCUGAAGAGGGAGCUGGGAGUCUCCAUCUACAUUGGUUUGAUCACCACAGUGCUGUGGUUCCUGGGAGGCGGCCUCCUCUGCAGCUCCUUUCUCUGCAAAGGACAUUUCUGUAUGAAAAGAAAUAGCUCGAUAACUAAGGACCAGAAUCUUAAACUGGACUCUGAAUUUAAUGGGGAGCCACUGCAGCUGGAUCAGUAA